GACGGUGCGCGCUCGAGGCGGGCAGUGUGUGACGAUGUCGCGGUUUGUGAUUAGCGUAAUUACUGUUCUCUGUGUGGCUUUCGGCCAUGUUAGCACUAGGUCAACAGAAUGUGACGUGCAAACGCGCAUCGAGAGCGGUUUGAUUUGCGGCAGCCGAAGGUGGGCGGGAGGCAGCACGGUCUACGCCAGCUUUAGGGGAGUUCCCUACGCUAAACAGCCGCUGGGAGAACUUCGGUUUAAGGAGCUCCAAUCGGCAGAACCAUGGGAUGGAUAUUUAGACACAUUAGUGGAAGGUCCAAUUUGCCCUCAGCACGAUGUGCUAUAUGGUAGAUUGAUGCAGCCCAGAAAUAUGAGCGAAGCCUGCAUCCACGCUAAUAUCCACGUGCCCAUCCAUGCGCUGCCGGGUCCCUACCAGCAGAAAGCGAAUCUUCCUAUCUUUGUCUUUGUGCACGGAGGCGGCCUCGCGUUCGGCUCUGGGGACAGUGAUCUCCACGGCCCAGAAUAUCUUGUGCAACGAGAGAUGAUUGUCAUCACAUUUAAUUAUAGGUUAAACGUGUUCGGCUACCUUUCCCUUAAUUCAUCAAGUAUUCCGGGUAACAACGGCCUUCGUGAUAUAAUUACCCUGCUUCGCUGGGUGAAAGCAAAUGCUAAAUGCUUCGGUGGAAACCCAGCAGACAUUACCCUAGGCGGACAAAGUGCUGGAGCAGUCAGUGUUCACCUUCUAACCCUGUCUAAAGCCGCGGCAGGGCUAUUUAACAGAGCAAUACUUAUGAGUGGGACGGCGAUAUCUAGCUUUUACACCAGUUCACCCAUCUACGCUCAGUUCGUGGGAAAACUGUUUCUCACUAGCCUCGGCAUCAACACAACAGACGCAGAAGAAGCUCAUCAUCAACUUACACAAUUGCCCAUAGAACAGAUCAUGCAAGCUAAUAAGUUAGUACAAGACCAAAUUGGGAUCACCGCAUUCUUUCCGGUAGUAGAAACUUCUUUACCCGGAGUCACUACAAUCAUCGACGACGAUCCAGCAGUCUUGUUAGCCAACGGCGUCGGAAAGGAUUUGCCGUUAUUGGUUGGCUUUACCAGCGCUGAAUGUGAAACAUUCCGACCGAACUUCGACAAUUUAGACAUGCUGGCUCGAAUACAAGAGAAUCCAAUUAUGAUGCUACCUAUUGAUUUGAUAUACAAACUUCCACCAAAGGUAUCGUUAGAUUCAGCGCAAAAACUGGAGAAACGAUACUUCAAUAAAGAACCGACGAUGGAUAAAUAUAUAAACGCUUGCUCGGAUAUGUUUUACGUCUACCCCGCGUUACGAUUGGCGAAAAUGAGAAUGUCGACCGUCGAUGCAGCGGCCAUGUUUCUCUACCAGUUCUCGUAUGAUGCAGUGUUUAACGUCAUCGAGAAAGUGAAGGGAAUCCAGUUCGAUGGGGCAGCUCACAUAGAAGACCUGACAUUUAUUUUCAGGACAAAUUCAUUGCAAAACUGGCCAGGUUUCAGCCCACCGGCCAACGAGGACUUGACAAUAUCCGUGUGGAUGACGAACUUCGUACAAAACUUUAUGAAUUGCAAUGAACCCACUUGCGAGGGAUAUCAUGUAUGGCCGUCGGUCAACCAACGAUCCAGUAUACAUUACCAGAACAUUCGAGACCCACAAUUCUAUAGAUACGAGAAGAUCACUCAGGACCAACUGGACAUGAUGCAAUUUUUUGAAGAACUGCAUAAUAAGACCCAAACUUAAAUUUUCAGUCAAUGUGUGUGUGAGAACUAAUUUAUUCUAACUUAGAUUAGAAAUUUACUUAUAGAAGCUUAAUCUACACGAUUUUUUGAAUAUCAACACUUCAUUUGAUCGUGUUUCAUCAUCAGAAGAUCGUAAAAAAUGUAUCCAUUUGAGAAACCUACGGAAGAAGAAAAACGCCAGAUUUAUCAUGCAUGAAGUUUUAUAUAUUUAAGUGCCUAAAUGUAUUUAUUAUAAUGAAAGGGCAACGUUGCGUUGAUCGACAAACACGACGAAUAAUUAAAAAUAUAUAAAAUUAGGGCUUAGACCGAAGAAUAAGCAUUGUACCAAAUUUUGAUCUCUUUUAUAUAAUCAUUUACGUUUUCAUAAUAAUAAAUUAUGAUCGAUCUAAUAUUUUUCAUACAUGAAACCCAAUUUGUGUUUAUCACAGUGGCCAAUCUGGAUAGAAAUCCUCAUUUAGUCAUGAUUAUUAAUGAUGUAUGUAUGUAUUACAAAUUUACUUAUUUAAUGUGUAUCGAAAUGUGAUAAAUGAUGAGUCAAUCAUAAUUGUAAGUAGUUGUUGCCUUUGAGUGACAUUGGAGUGUUUGUGACAGUUUGUUGUGAUAAUUCUGAAUGAUUACUAAUGAUAAAAGUAUUAAUUAAAA